AUGGGAAACGAAAGUGAAAUCGUAAAGGCUGAAAACGCAAUCUUAGGAGGUACUGACGAAACCAAGGAGAAGCGACGUUACGUAAGAAGCGCUCGCGCCGAGGCUAGGAUCGCGACGAAGAGAAACGCCAGCUCGCUGCUGGAGUGCUGGUCGUUCUGUCCGUUCAGGUGGCAGAAGAAUAGGUUCAAGUGCGCCUUCUGCGAAGAGAGCUUUAUCCAGUGCGUCGAUUUGAGGGCCCACGUCGGUCAGUGCUCACUGAAACACACCGUCAAGGACAUAUACAGCAAGUUCAAAGAGAUGUCCCUUAUCAACGUCGACGUCACCGAGGCGGCGUGCCGCCUUUGCGGGUGCCCCUACACCGGUAUCACUCACAUGCGCCAGCACGCCACCCAGCACGGCUACGAACUGGAUGCGACACGCCCCGACGGCAUCCUGCCCUUCAGCUUGGACAAGAGUGCUGGCGCUGCGUCAUCUGCCGCGAGCGCUUCAACAACUUCC